UGUCAUCAGUCAAUCCUAUCCUUUUCCUCUAUUAAACUUUUAUUCGUUUUUAUUCAUUCGAACUGAUUAAAUAAUAAUUUUUACACGUUAUUAAUAUGUGAAAUUUCUUUUGAUUACAAUCUUACAAAUUAUGUUAUAAAUUACUGAAGGAACGUAUGUAACGAAAAGGAUGAUAACUUCACUACAAAACACCGUAAGAUAUUUACGGCUAGUUAAUAUCAAAACGGCAUUAAACACCAUUAAAGAAUGUCAACCGGCUAGACUUCCUGUCGAAAAAUCUUUAAUAUCCAAAGCGAAAACCGUAACUUUCGCUCCAAGGGGUUUGAUAGUGGAAAUCGCAGAGAAUAAAAGCGAUAUAAACAAAAUCAGACAGGAUCCUAUACCAUAUGUUCCUAUUAUUAAUCCUCUAUCAAUUUUACCUCUGAUCGAAUCAAACUGGAGGAAGGAUGAAAUAGGGUUGCCAGCUAUAAAAAAGGAGGAAAUCCAAGCGAUAAGGUUAAUUGUAAUUAGACGGAAAAAAAUGAAGAAGCACCAGCGCAGGAAGUUGUGGAAGAGAAUGAGACAUCGUUGGGCUCGGGUGAGGCAGCGCCGUCGCCAAUACAAAGAGAAGAUAUUCCAGAACAGUCUCUUGGCUAUGGUCAAGGAAGCCAACGAGUUCUCUGCCGAGCAAUAUGUCGCCGAGAAGCUGAAGAAGGUGAACCACACACCGUUACCAACUCGGUGGAGACACAAACGUCUUCCCGCCUUCAUCAUCAGACAAUUGAUGGGGAUUGAUAAAAAAAUAAACUAUAAACAUACUGAUGUAUACAAGGCUUAGUUUGUUCAUUGUUAGAUUAAAUACAGUUUUAUUUCAGAGUUCAA